AUGGUGAAGAAAUGCAACCCAGGAAAAAACGAGUUCCGACCAUUGACUUUCGCUGAAUACGCCAAGUACCAUAAAAUAUUGGGACACGAGAAGGCCUCGAGAAUGGUGGUGAUGCCUCACGGACCAAUGGAAAUACCAUUUCCAGAUGAAAAAACACACAAGAUCUUCCUCGACCAGCUGGACUACGCUGCCUGCGACUGCUGCUGUUCUCUCUGCCCACACAGCUCUGACGAAGACGAAUAUGAUGAUGGUCAAGAAACUGCUAAAGAAACCGCCGAGAAAGAAGAAAAGCCGCUUGAUUUUAAUAUCUUCUACAGCUGCUUCCAAUAUUUCUACAAAAACAAAACUGAUUAA